AUGGACGCCGCAAGCACGCACCCCCUUGGAGGUCGCCCCAGUAGCUGCACCGGGGGUGGUGGUGGUGGUGGUGGUGGUGGCGGUGGAGGUGGAAGACUGCCAGCAGGAGCGGGCAGUUCAAGUCCGCAGCAGUUCUGCCUUCGAUGGCACAAUCAUCAGGCAAGCCUACUUAGCUCGCUACCGCUGCUGCUCGACCAGUCACACUUGACAGACGUCACGCUGAUGGCAGAAGGGCAGAAGAUCAAGGCUCAUCGUGUUGUGCUGAGCGCGUGUAGCACGUUCUUCUCGGAACUUUUCCGCACGCUGGACGGUGCACAAUAUCCGGUGGUGGUACUUCCGGGAGCGUCCUAUCACGCCGUGGCCGCUCUCAUCACCUUCAUGUACUCGGGUGAGGUGAACGUGUACGAGGCACAGAUAUCCGUGCUGCUAUCCCUGGCGGAGACGCUCGGCAUCAAGGGUUUGGCCGAUUUCAACAGUAAUCCCAACAAAUCAAGCACACCUUCGACGGAAGGGUCCUCGUCCCGGGACUCGGACGUACCAUCGCCCUACCACUCGAUGAAGGUGUCCUCACCGGUGGAUUGCUUCUUUUCCCGACCGUACGGGUUUGGGGCUGAUAUGCUCGAGAUGCGCGGCGGUGCCCAAGCCCUCAAUCUGAUCACCAACUCCGGUGGUUCGAACGGAAGUGCCUUAGGUUCCAACGGUGGCAAUGGCUCUGGAGUCGCAAAUCAUCAUAACGACAGUAACAUCGGUGCGAGUCUACCUUCUAAAUCGUCCUCGUCGACGUCUUCAGCGGCGUGUGAUUUGUACGCUCGGUUCGAAGCCGAAAGAAACGACCAGCUGUCGGCGGAAGCACUCUGGAAGAUGAACGAGCUUAACCUGCACACGGAAAGCAACACCCUGAAGGAGAAGCAUCAAAACCUGCACCGUUCGAGCACCCCGAUUCGGCCGGUCUAUUCCCAGCAGCAGCAGAACUCCACGGUAUCGCAUGGAUCCGCAGGUGACGGUCGCGCGAUGGUGGAGUCGGCCAUGUUUGGUGGAGAAAGCACACGAGACUGUAAACUCAACAAUGGACCACUGUUGUUGGGCGUGAAGCUGAAGGAGGAAGAUCUCUCCGACACCAUCCACCAGCUGCAGCAGUCGUACGGUUCCGUACCAUCGACACCAACUCCACCAGCGUCGGGUUUGGAGGAUACGAGCGUGCGAGCCGGCUCCCGGAAGUCGCUCAACUCACAGGACACCGCUAGCAACAAGCGCAAAAAACUGGAGAAAAUCGCCGAAAACCUUUACGAAACCCUAAAGCAGUCAACCGAGGGCAGCAAGCUUCCGCUCAGCUUGUUCAGCAAGCCACCUACAGUGACACCGGUCAGUAGCACCCAGAACCUGUACCUUGCGCAUCACUUUCUCACGAAUGAGAGCGCUUCGAAGACGCCGGAAAAUUUUAGCCUGGAGUCGUCACACCCAAACGCGGCUUCCAACCCGAACACGCGUGCUUCACCAAUCGCUACGGCCACCUCCAUCGGGACGGCGUCCUCACCCACCGCCACACCCGGUUCUUUGCUUCCGCUGGCGUCUCCAUCAUCAGGCGGGGCCAACGAGAAUCUCAUCAAAACGCUUCACAUUACGCAUCCGGCGCAGGUGAUGCAGCAGCAGCAGCAGGCUCAGGCACAACAGCAGCCUCCAACCCAGAAACCGCCCUCGUCGAAGCUGUACGCAACGUGCGGUAUCUGCAACAAGCAGCUCAGCAACCAGUACAACCUGCGAGUGCACUUGGAAACUCAUCAGAACGUCCGGUACGCCUGUCAGGUAUGUUCGCACGUGUCCCGAAGUAAGGACGCGUUGCGGAAGCACGUGUCCUAUCGCCACCCGGGUACUCCGAGUCCGUGCGAUCCGGAAACGAAACGGAAGCGAUCGAAAGCCAACUCAUUCAGCCAGCUGGCAAAGCAGGAGGCCGAACAGCAGGCCGUGGCCAUCCUAAACCAUCACCACCAACAGCAGCAACAGCAGCAGCAGGCGAGCAAUUUGCUUGCGAACCUAACCUCACAAAACCCGCUGCCAUCGUUGUUGCAGUCGAUCGCGGCGCACCACAAAUCGGCAGCGUUGCUGUUCAAUCAAACAGCUUCGGCGGCCGCUCUGGCUUCGUCGGUCGGGAACUCGCCAUCUUCCUCUGUGACGGAACCGGUGGGAUCUCCGGCGAGGUGUUCGAGCACGAGCGGCAGCAAGCGUGAUGGAGGCGCAUCCGGUGAAUCCGGAGACUCGUCGAAACCAUGCCCGGACGGAAAGGCGGACGAUCGAAAAGGCAGCGAUGCGGACGUGAUCAAAUCUGACAAAGACAUUUAAAUGCGCCCCUUCUUCCGCUUCCGGUGCCUUCAGGGCGCGCUAGGACACGCUAGGCAGACGGCAGCUCGACCGAAAGUUGCUGGGAACUUUCACUGAAAAAAGACAUUAGGUUAACGAGUAAACUUCACGAUAGUACGAUAGUGAGCACCGUUUGAUCGCCGUUCCGCGCGCAGAUCACCCGAGAUCGGCAAAGCUCACACAACGGAACCGAUCGAGCAAACUUCCCAUCCUCCCGGUGUAUCCUAUUUACGGUUCAAUUUGAAUUUUGGUUUUGUUUUUUCCUUCUUUCUUUCCACGAUUUUCUAUUUGUUUCUUGAUUACAAUUUGGGUUCCAAUUUUGGUUACAAUCCUCCACCACGUGCGUUCAACUGAUGCACACGUUUGGUACGUUCGGUUUUACUUAAACUUGUUCCCUAGCUGUGAUAGUAAGACAAUAUUUUGUAUAGACCUGUAAACUCUGAAUAAGAUCUUUCUGCGGGCAGUCACAUUUCCAGCAAUUAUGUGCUUACAUUAUCGGUCCUUCACGAAGGUUUCCGUUCGUUCUCGCUCACUUAACCCACUUCGCUCGUAACCUUCAGACUAAACUGUUAGACUCAUAACCAGCCAAACCCCAAACCUUCCGGCCAAAUAGAGGAUCUCACGUUCUCCGUUCGAAACUGGCCCCGUUAACAUGUGUGCCUUACGAACAGAACACCAAGUAGGAAUAUUUCGCUGCUAGUGUAACUACUACCUCAAAUCACCGCCAAGGAGAGGACCGUUUAGAGGCACAAGUACCGAAGGUGCCUACGAAAGCGAACGGAUAGGCCCGUUGCCAACAAUACCUACGCUGAUAGGACAGCCCAAUGUUGACCACUAGAAAGACAUUUAGAUAUCUACCCUUCCUCCAACGAGACGAUAAUUUCACCGUAUUUUGAUUUAUUUCUACUAUAGCUAUUAUUUUAAUCUAAGCCACCGACACAAGUGCCUCGAACUACGCAUGUUCGCUCUAGUCUUUACCCUAACGCACCCGUUUUAUUUUCUUUUCGGUUCCUCUUCGUGCGAAAUCAACGUGCGAAACAGCUGGCAAGCUGAGCUGCAGUUCGCACUCUAGAGGUUGUUUGUUUAUGGUAAAGAACACGAGUGUUUAUGAAACGAAACAGAAACUUAAAAAAAGACAAAAUCUUCUCUCAUAAGCAACGAUAGGCUAAAAAAUAUAGUUAUUACUUGAGAUGUAGUUUAACACGCGUGUAUCCUCGUUCUGUGCACGGGCAAGACACGUGUUGUACUAUAGACUAUGUUCAAUGUUACCACCAUGAUCAACUGUACGAUCAACACCGCGACCUCUAUCUAAGGCGCUCCAUCACACACCGCUGAGAGCGUGGGGAAUGUUAUAUUUCAUCUUGUGAAAACUUCUGUAGCGGUUUACAUGAAUUUGUGAAAUUUUAAUGAAAUUAAACACGAAUAGUAAAUAAUGGAUUUCUCCUAGCCGAACCGACUCAUAAGAAUUAUUUGUAAACUAAUACCGUACCAAAGUAACAUGACGUGAGUUUUUAAUUUUUUUUUAUAAUAAAACAUGUUUGCUCAAUAUACAAAGGAUAUUUUUGGAUGGAAUUUCUGGACUUGGUUGUGGCGGCGAUAGUGCUGUAUCGUUCUAGCUCAAAACUUAAAUCUCAUGUUGAUUACGACUUGUGUAUUUCAACAAUUGGGCUAAACAUAUAGCCCACGGUGAAAAUCGAUUAAAUUUAGUCAAUAUUAUCAAGGAGUGAGGAAGGCGAAAAA